AUGCAGCGCAACUCGCUGUACACCGUCCCCAACCCGCGCUCCAGUGCUGGCGCCCUGGGUAAACGGGAAAUGGGAGCAUUGCCACUGCGGCAGCAAGGCAAGACGACCCAGCUACGAGGUGUACCGAUGGCGAGGCAGGUCAAGCACGAUGCUCGGGGUAUGGGCAAGCGGGUCACCCGGUCGGACGCAGCCGAACAAGCUUCCGAGAACCCGAGGACCACUAGAUCGACCAAGAGCCAGGGCGCAGGCGGCUCCAAGAAAAACACUCAGCCCGCAAAACGCAAGGCGAGCGAGGCGGUAGCUAAGAAGAAAACACAGGAGAUGACGAAGGAGAAACGCACUGAGGUACGGAAGAAUGUGUCGAAGAUGAUGGACGAAGAAAACAAAUCAUCCACUGAUGAAGAGCUACCAAAAGCAAAAAAGAAGAAGCGCGCCGUGAUGGAGGACGAGGAGGUGGAAGAUGACGAGCAGGAUAAGGCGGGUGAAGGCACACCGGAGGAUGUGGAGAUGGACGAUCACACGACUCAACAGCGUAAAGCUGCUCGACCCAAACCGAAACCCGCGUACGGUAAAUUUGCAAGACCCAAGACGUCCUUGGAUCCCGCCGAGGAAGAUUUUGUGGGAAUACUAGUCAGAGGACGGCGUGAAGCCCGUGGGGACACUGGCAGUAGUAGCAAGAGAAGUGAGCUGAAGUCCGCCAUACCUAAGUCUGCCAAAUCUGCCGGUGGCAAGUCGCCCCAUGGUACUGCCAAGUCUGCUGGUGGCAAGUCGCCCCAUGGUACUGCCAAACCGAAAGCGCUGUCGGCGAGUGGAAAGGACAAGGGCAAAGGCCGAGCAACGGACAAGGAUGACGCGGUCAGCAGUGAGCAUGAGCUCGAAGAAGACGGAGUCAGCGAUGGCGAAGGCAAGAAUGAGAGCGAAGUUGAUGAGGAUGAGAUCGAUGAAGAUGAGGUCGAGGAUGAAGAUGAGGGCGAGAGUGGGGACGAGGCCGAGGCUGACGAUGUAGAGUCUCAAGAGUCGGAGGAUGAGGGUGACGUGAUACUCGUGUCCGAGACGAAGGCGAAACCCAAGCCGGCUCUCACCAACUCGACGGGUGGUGAACGAGACAGCAGAAGUCGCGCCAAGGCCGCGCAGAACUGUCUGCGACUACGCAUUGCGCUAAAUUCGGCGUGGACGAAGGAGGCUUCAGUCGCGUCCAUACGGCUGCCAAAGAGGGAUGUACUAAUCAGUGACAGUGUUCGCAACGCUUAUGACAGACGAGGGACUGGCGAACAUGCUGCCGACAUCAAGGCCGCGUUCCGGCUGCUGGAAGGCCCGAAGAAAGACAAGAAGAAAGCGGGUCGCGGCGCGAGCUCGGAUGAUGAUGAGGACCCGGAACGAGCCGUGUUGAGAGCGAACACCUACGCCGUGGUCUGGACUUGCGCAUCACAAACUCGGAACGAGCUCAAGAGGAAGGCGAAGCAAGUGAUAGAGCAGACCUUCAAGCUUGGCGGGCUGUCAGUCGCUCAAAGGACCGAGGUCGUCGUUUGGCUUCUCGAGACGCACCCCACGAGUAUCACUUCGACCGGAAGAAAAACCUGGAUCGAGAGGGUCGAGCCCACGGAGCCAUUCCGAAACGAAUGCAUCCCUGAGCUCGUCUACCAGUACUACGGCCUGGCAGGACGUGGCGAUGCGAACAUUAAUGCGGCCCUGGACGAGUUCAGCAAGGUGCCCUUCAACCUCAUCGCCCUCGCGUGCAACGCGAUUGAAGCGGCGUUGAUGGAGGUGGUGGCGCACAACCAGUCGAUCUUCUUCUCCAGCAAGCUAUUCGUGGGCAAGUGGGAUGGUACAAUGGCCAUUCUAGAGACUCUGGAAGAGCGCGCGGGCGAGUACCUCAAAGAGACGCAGGAGCUCAUAUGGAAGCACAUCAGCAAUCGUCUUAACGCUGGCCCCAACGCAGUCAACGCAGUCGAGGUGACGAUGGUCAGCGAUGAGGAGCCGCGCAGCUUCAUCCCGAUGCUCCAGUUGCGCGCAUCAAAGCCGCAGAGCAGCGGCAACGAGCCCGCCGGCAUGUCGAAGGCUGCGACGAAGCCGUCGUCGAGCACAGCAAAGAAGGGCAGUCAACCCACCACGACAUCGACCGCGGGCAGGCCGUCCAGCUCGUCGAAGAGCGCGAAGACACAGGACUCGUCACAGGCGGCGAAGAAUCCACCCAGUCCAUCGAGGAAGACUCGUGGUGCAGGAGCGUCGACUUCGAUGUCGAGGAGGAAGCACCGACGGCGCGACUCUGACGGCUCUGACGGCGGCGAAGUGGGUGGACAGGGCGAGACUGAGGACGAAGGGGGCAUCGGAGUCACUGGCGAGGGCGGUGAAGGGGCUCAGGCUGAGAUCGAUGAACUCCACGGGUCCGGAGAAGACCCUGCCAGUGGCACAUCCACGAAUGGCGGGGCUUGA